CACUCACAGCCUCAGCACCGGAGGAGCAAAGCUAGUAUCUUCACACUCAUCCUCUCCUGGUCCACGCCAACAACUGCAGUCAUGAAUGUAGGUAUCUAUGUGUGUGUUCUCCUGGCUGCUCUGUCCAGUGGUUCUCUGAGUCUGCCCUCACAGUCCAUGUCCCAGAGAGCUGAGAACGAGGCCCUCGUGUCAGAUAGCUUACCUCCUCCCUCACCCAGCCACACACGCCACGCCCGCUCAGCUCCAGCGCUCACUUCAGGGCAGCUCGCCAACUACAACCAACCCCAGGAGGACGCAGAUGCUCGAAACAGUCUGAGCCAGCUACUGGUCAGACUCAUGUCCAGGAAAGCCUCUCCCUACCAGACCAGAUCAUCCCUCACCAGCAGAGCCAGUGGUCUAGCCCCCAGCCACAGGAUAAAGGACAGAGACUACCUUGGCUGGAUGGACUUUGGACGACGCAGUGCAGAGGAGUAUGAAUACUCCUCCUAAAGGCAUGGCUUGCUUUCACCAAAACCUGAGUUACAACCCCCACCUCCGCCAAUAAAAGCCCACAAAAACAUUCAGCCCUUUUCACACUGCACUCACUGUAACCCAGGGCUGGUUCGACUGGGUCCUAGAGUUUAGCAUCCUAUUGAAAGCAGAAAGUAGAAUAAAUUAACAAAAAGGCAGAUCCUGCAAUCUGUGAAAUUUCUGAAUCCUGACUCUCCAUGCUAAGCAAAUGAGUAUGGAGAUCCAGUCCACAGUAUUCAACACUGUAUUGAAGCAGAUUUUUUUUUUCCAUCGUUGUUACUGUCAUGAAAUCUGAUGAAACAGCCAAACCCAACAGUGAGCUAGUCUGUCUCUUAGUACGUUCCAAAUUCCCCAUCCUCUUUAUGGCAACUUAGCCCCACACCCAUGUUUCCACUGAAGAUGUAAAUCAUUGAAACGGAUAUUAAUUAUAUACUUGUAUUAUUUAGAAAAAGCUCUGUAGUCUCCUAAAACUGAUGGACAGUGUAGUAUCUAUCAAAUGUUACUGAAACAGGAGUAAACUGUACAUUUCCAGUUGUGGCAGAUUUGGUGCUCUAGGGACUAUGUGAGGCAGUAGGACGUGUGGGUAUAACGCAAAAUAAACUGUACUGGACCUCAGUGAGCCUCUAAGGUGUCUGCCCUUUACAUUGCAUCAUCGAUUGGUUCCUUAGUGCACUCAAAGCACUGCACAGCAGAAUUUCGCUUCACUUUAACUAUACACAAUUGUAAAGUUAAAAAGGCAUUUCAUAUCACAGUCUGCAACCAAACAACAUCAGUGUCUCUGGGUUGGAAGAAAAGGGGCUGAAACUGCACAGACUCCUCACCUCCAACCCUGCCUGCUGAAUGUAACCCUGGGCUAAAAGUGUGCAGUGUGAAAAGCAAAAGAAAUGUUUUGGAAGGCACAAGAUGUUGUCUAUACAAGAUGACCAGGAGUCUCUUCAGUGGUGGACACUAUAAAAUUAGGAUUACAUGUACUGUAGAUAUGAGGAGUGUUUCCUGCUAUUUCUUGAAAGAUCAUUAUGUAUGUAUGUUUGUAUGUAUGUAUGUAUGUAUGUGUGUAUGCACUGUUAAAGGUUAAGUGUCUGUAAUAAAUACUAUGUUUCUCUACA